GCCGUGAGAGUGACAGAGAUGUGUUGAUCUACAGUCUCUUUCAGGCGGCCCUCUUCGUCCCUCCCUCACCCCCCUCACCGGCUGCAGGCUCAGGCUGCAGCAGCGGCAGGAGAGGAGGAGGAGCAGCAGCAGCAGCAGCACCCAGCAGUAGCAGUACAGUACGCACUGCCGCGUCGAGGCGCCGAGGCGACUCUUUGGAUGAAAAUCAUCGAGUGAUCCCGGGCCAACAAAGCCAGAAGUCUUGCCAGCUCGCCAGGAUCCUUCCGAGCCAUGUCAUCCCCUCAGGCCGAGGCCGCGCGCGCCAGCGUCCUGUUUUAAGGUGAAAGUUGUGCAUUGCUGAACGCCCAUGGAAGUGGGCAGCUUCAAGCUUCAAGAAAAUACCCUGAUAUAGACGAAAAGAUGCAUAGCUCACUGAAUUUACCGCUUCUUGUUGGGGCUGGAGUGAUUGUUGCAAGUGCUAUCAUCGUUGCCUUAUGGUCUGCAACAAAGAAGAAAAAGCUCGUUGCUCUAGUAGAUCCGGCUCAGAAGAUUGCCAUUCCCCUGAUUGAGAAGGAAGAACUAAGUCAUGACACAAGAAGGUUCAGAUUUCAAUUACCAUCCAAAAAGCAUUGCUUGGGUCUGCCUAUUGGCCAGCAUAUAAAUAUUUCAGCAUCAAUCAAUGGUGAGCCAUGUAUUCGGUCUUACACACCAGUAAGCAGUGAUGAAGAUUUGGGGUACAUGGAUCUUGUUGUUAAGGUCUACUUUAAAAAUGUUCAUCCUAAAUUCCCCAAUGGUGGAAAGAUGAGCCAACAUCUAAAUGACUUAAAAAUUGGCGACACCAUUGAUAUUCGUGGCCCCACUGGUCGUCUCCAGUAUUUAGGUCGUGGACAGUUCUCAAUCAAAGCUUUAAGAAAUGCUCCACCAACUAUUGUGAAAGUCAAAAAAGUUGCAAUGAUUGCUGGUGGUACUGGUAUUACUCCAAUGCUUCAGCUUGUAAGGAGUGUGAUGAGGGACACAUCUGAUUCAACUGAGCUUGCUCUGUUGUUUGCUAAUCAAACUGAAAAAGACAUUUUACUCCGAGAGGAACUUGAACAAGCCGCUGCUGAUUCAAAUGGACGAUUUAAGCUGUGGUACACAGUAGACUCACCCUCUGAAGGAUGGAAAUACAGCAAAGGAUUUGUCAGUGCUGAAAUGAUUAGUGGUCAUCUAUUCCCCCCUUCAUCAGACACCCUUGUGUUAAUGUGUGGGCCUCCGCCCAUGAUUAACUUUGCCUGUGUGCCAAACCUGGAUAAGCUUGGCUAUGAUGCCAAACUUAGAUUUGCAUAUUAGAACUUUGUUUGACAAAUAUUAGAACUUUUAAAAAUAUGCCGGUUUUUGUUUGUUGUGUUUGUAAAGGAGAGGUCAACUGUAUGUACCAAUUGUACAUAAAGUUUAAACUACAUAUGUCAUUUCCAAUGCAAGCUGUGGUACUUUUCUCUAUGUAACUGCAUUUUCUGGGUAGAAAAAUAUCCACUAGAAUGUAUUGAUAUUUUGUUUUAAGUUUUUAUUUUUAAGAUUAUUGAGUACUUGUACGCUUUUAAGGUUGUGUUAUUGUAAACAUUAUGGUGUCAUGUGUGACAAAGUGCAUUUUGAACUUUACUUUGCAUUUUGUGAUAAAGCAAUAAGUAAUUGUAUGUUUACAAUCUAUUUUCAUUAGUUGCUAGCUUGAUUUUGAGGAAUGUUGCUAGCAUCUUAAUAAAGGUACAUCUGUUUAGUA